GAGACAAUGAGCGAGGACAGCGGAAGCUGUUGUUUUCUUCUUCUUCCCCUUCUCUAACCUGGAAUGAGAAAUGGCGGCGUCUGUGUGCCGAGUCGGAAGCACCAUGGGUCGUGUCCUCGCCCAAACCCGCAGUCCCCUCCUCUUGUCUCUGAGGCGUGGACAGGCCUCAGUCAGUUAUGCCCAAAGCCUGCUAGGAGCCCCCGAAACCCGUCUCAGCACCCUGGAUAACGGGUUGAGGGUCGCAUCGGAAGAGACGGGACACGCGACAUGCACUGUCGGACUGUGGAUCAGUGCCGGCAGCCGCUAUGAAAGUGAGAAGACCAACGGGACAGGAUUUUUCCUGGAGCACAUGGCUUUCAAGGGAACCAAGAAGCAUCCCCAGUCGGCCUUGGAGCAGCGGGUGGACUCUCUGGGUGCUCACUUGAGUGCUUACACAUCCCGGGAACACACCGCAUACUACAUGAAGACCUUGGCCAAAGACCUGCCUCAAGCUGUCGAGCUGCUGUCGGAGGUGGUGCAGAACUGCUCGCUGAGCGAGGCGGAGAUUGAGCAGCAGCGAGGUCUCGUCCUACGCGAACUGGAGGAAGUGGAAAGCAACCUGCAGGAAGUUUGUCUGGACCUGCUGCACGCGACCGCUUUCCAGGGUACCGCGCUGGGCCACAGUGUACUGGGACCCUCCAACACUGCCAGAAAUAUCAGCCGCCAGGAUCUUGUGGAAUACAUCGACAGCCAUUACAAGGCUCCCCGCAUGGUUCUGGCUGCAGCCGGAGGUGUGAGCCACCAGGAGCUGCUUGCUUUGGCCCGCUCUCACUUCAGCGGCGUGUCCUUCGAGUAUGAGGGAGACGCCGUUCCGGUGUUGCCGCCCUGCAGAUUUACCGGAAGCGAGAUCCGCAUGCGUGACGACGCUCUGCCCCUGGCGCACGUCGCCAUCGCCGUGGAGGGGCCCGGUGCUGCCAGCCCAGAUACGGUGCCUCUCAUGGUGGCCAACGCCAUCAUCGGAAGCUACGACCUCACCUGCGGCGGCGGCAAGAACAUGAGCAGCCGUCUGGCCCGCCUGGCGGUGGAGGAGAACCUGUGUCACAGCUUCCAGGCGUUUCACUCGUCCUACAGUGACACCGGCCUGCUGGGCAUUUACUUUGUUACCGACAGAAACCACAUUGAUGACAUGAUGCACUGGUCGCAGAACGCCUGGAUGAAUCUGUGCACCACCGUCACCGAGAGCGAUGUGGCCAGAGGCAAGAAUGCUCUGAAGGCCACUAUGGUGGGACAGCUCGACGGAACGACGCCCAUUUGCGACGACAUCGGCAGGCACGUUCUCAACUACGGCCGGCGCAUCCCCCUGGCCGAGUGGGACGCUCGCAUCGACGCCGUGACCCCCAAGAUGGUGCGCGACGUCUGCUCCAAGUACAUCUACGAUAAGUGUCCCGCGGUGGCGGCUGUCGGCCCCGUUGAGCAGCUGCCCGACUACAACAGAAUGCGCAGCGCCAUGUACUGGCUGAGGUUUUGAGCCGCCUCGUGCCUGCUCCCCGCCCGAGCACGCCAGACCGUUGUCCGCGCGGACAGCCAUCCGCCCACACCUUCGCGAUCGCCCGCUCUUGUCAUGCCAGUGAGGGUGGCAGCUAACUAAUUUGAGGGGUCUUGAAGUCAUCUACUGAAAUCAGGACUCGCUGCGCCUGAAAUCCAACCCGGCUGGAGCAAGAGUCUAUUUAUCCUUUCUGUCUUCUAUUGUACAUAACGGAAGCUCUCCUUCUGAUGAAAAUAAAAGUGUCAAAC